AUGAGAAAAUUCUCUUUCUGGAGUUCAAUACGCGUGGUGGCCUGGCGGUCCAACAAUCCUGAGACGCCAGGAUACAAUGCCGAAGAACCUAACACGUCACUCAUAAACUUAGAUGCAAACAAUUUGUACGGGUACGCGAUGUGUCAGUAUAUGCCGAUUGGAGAUUUCGUAUGGUACGCGGGAAAUCCAGAGGUCACGCUGGCCCAGUUAGAGUGGAUGGGCGCGACGGACGUUGGGGGUAGAUUUUACGAAGUGGAUAUAAUAUACCAGCAGAAUCUACACGACGCCCACAACGAUAUGCCGUUUUUGCCUCACGCCAGCAUUCCGCAUCGUUCGGAUUAA